CGGAACGGUGCAUGUUUCCUUUAGAUCGUGGACUGUUGGCCUAAAAACACAAUCCACCGAACCAUUUCAGAAACCCAAUAGCCAAAAACAUGACUGAAAGUCGAAAGAAGGUUGAUGUUGUUUUAAAGGAUUUCAUUUUAUCAGAUGAUGUUCUGCUUAAAGUUUCUGCUUUGCUUCUACAAGAAUUCAAUAAUGGAUUAAGUGCUCAAAAUCAUAAAACUGCAACUGUUAAGAUGUUUCCUACAUUUGUAAGAGAUGUACCCGAUGGUUCAGAACAAGGAAAAUUUCUUGCUCUUGAUUUGGGUGGCACAAAUUUUCGCGUGUUGUGCAUAGAUCUGGAUGGAGAUCAGUUUAAUAUGAUAAAUGAAAUUUAUGAAAUUCCACAAUCAAUCAUGCUUGGAUCAGGAGAACAGCUUUUUGAUCAUAUAGCAGAAUGUUUAGGUCAUUGCUUAGAGCAGCUUGGUUUGACUCAUAGAACAUUGCCUUUGGGCUUCACUUUCAGUUUCCCUUGUUUGCAGAAGGGACUUACUAGCGCUAUUCUUGUUAAUUGGACAAAAGGUUUCAAUUGCUGUGGUGUUCAAGGAAAAGAUGUUGUGCAACUGUUGCGUGAAGCUGUGAAACGGAGAGGGAAUGUUGAUAUAGAUUGUGUUGCUAUUGUAAAUGACACAACUGGUACACUUAUGUCCUGUGCUCAUAAGAAUAAGGAUUGUAGAGUGGGCCUAAUAGUUGGUACUGGAACCAAUGCUUGUUACAUGGAAAGAUUAGAAAAUGUUGAAACUUGGACUGGAGACAAUAACCCUCCAAAGCAAGUAAUAAUUAACACUGAGUGGGGAGCAUUUGGAGAUAAUGGAUGCCUUAACUUUCUAAGAACAGAAUAUGAUUAUCAAGUUGAUGAAAUUUCACUUAAUAAAGGAAAACAUUUGUUCGAGAAAAUGAUAUCUGGCAUGUAUAUGGGUGAAGUUGCUAGGAGGAUCUUUGUUAAACUUGCCAAUGAUGGAGUACUGUUCAAAGGGAAGCUGUCAGAAAAAUUUAACACAGCUUAUGGUUUCAAAACUAAAUAUAUUUCCAACAUAGAAAGUGAUCCAAGGCAGAAAAAUACCGAAACAAGAACAGUGCUUGAAAAAAUGGGUAUCUCCGAUGCUUCAGAUGAAGACUGUGAAAUUAUGAAAUUGGUUUGUGCCAGAGUUUCAACCCGAGCAGCUCAUCUUGUUUCAGCUGCUGUGGCAACAAUACUGAACAAAAUCAAAAGGAAUCACACAACUGUUGGUGUUGAUGGCUCAGUUUACAGGUAUCAUCCACAUUUCAGGGAUCUCAUGGAAAAGAAAAUUGAAGAACUUACUGACCCAAACUAUAAAUUUGAACUUAUGUUGUCUGAAGAUGGUAGUGGUCGUGGUGCUGCUUUAGUUGCUGCAGUAGCUGUGAGAACUGUAAAGUAAACCACCUACUGAGUAUUGAUUGAGUUAUGCCAAAUGUGUGUAAUAAAGGUGUCAGAAAUAGAGGUUCCUUACAAGCAUGAUGAAUUUCUCUAAAGAGAAGAUAGUAUUUUGUGAUAUUAUUUUUUAUUAAUUUAAACUCUUCAGAUGCUGCAUAUUUUUUAUGAAUAUUUGCAGCUUAAGUCCAGAUUAAACAUCAGACAAAUACAGUAUUUCUUUACUUUUAUUGAUUCCAUCCUUGAAAAUUAAUUUAUAUAUGAUUUCCUUUAUUUAGCUUCUCAAAAAAUCUGUCUACAAGUAAUUUAUUUGUUGCUUUUAUUUUAUUGAAUGGUACUUUAAUGUAAAUAUAUAUAUAUAUAUAUAUACAUAUAUAUUACAAUAUGCUUUUACAUUGUUGUUAUUGAUAGAAAUUUUAUAGACAUAGUUUUAAGAUUUGUAUUAUAGUUAUUUAAAAUUUUAGGUGUACAGUACUUUUUUUUAGAAUCUCAUUUUUUUUUUUGCAUAUUUGUGAUAAAAUUGCAUGUGGUAGUUUUAACAUUUCAUAAUUAAAAUCAAUCUUUGGUUAUGAAUUUUUAGUCUUUCAUUGUGUCAUACAUAUGCUGGUCAUCAAUGUUCAUUCAGGUUUGAAAUAUUUAGCAGUUGCUAGCAUUUAUCAGAGAAGAAAUGCAUGGAAUAACUUUGAUUUAUUUUUGAACAAAUUCAUUUUUUACAUCUAAAUGCACAUUUAUCAAUUAUGAAUAACUUCAUUUCACAAAUGAUUUUAGAUAUAUAUUUCUGCAGAAAUAUAACUAGUGUAACAAAUGUAAUCAAUGUAGUAAAUCAUGUGAAAUGCAAAUAAGUGAUUGUUUUUAAAUUUCGAAUCUGAAUAUGAAAGUUGAAUGUUAUAAUAUUCAUAACAUUUUGUGAGUAUUUUUACUGGAAGUAAAGAUGUUCUUAUCAAUGUAACAGUUGUGAUAUUUAUCUAAUAGCUUUAUUAGUUAUGUUAAAAAUACUUUGAAUGAAAAAUUUUGAGUUUGUCUAUAGUGUACUUAAAAGCUUAAACAAAAAAUACAUGAACCUUGAAUAUUACACAAGUUUCAUUACUUCAGUUGCAAAACACAUAUUGUACAACGAUUUUAAUUCUCAUAUUUUCAUACUUCUGUUCUUGUUCCAAAAUUGUUUUUGCAUGUUCAUUAACUUGCUUUUAUAUAUAUAUAUAUGGUUAAAAUAAUUAUGAUUCAUUACUAAUGUAUGAAGUUCCUGUAAUUUAUAUUAAAGAACUCAAGUAGCAUAUUCAUUCUCUUACAUCUGCAGUUAACUGCUGCUUAUGAUUCUUCUUUAAAAACAUAUCUUUAUUGAAGUAGUUUUGUGUGCAAAAGCUUUCCCUUUAACUAGUGCUGAUAAAUUUUGUGCAUCAGAUGUGGAUUGCAGAUGCCACAGAAAGAUGUCCAUUUUGUUGAUGCUUUCUGAUUUUAGUCAAUUUAAAAUGGAAUAAAUAUUCUUCUUAGCUGUUACUGCAUAAAACAAAAGAAUGCAAUAGAUAUCUAAUGCUUCUUACUAAAAACUAUGAAUUUUCUCUUUUACUGAACAUCCUGUUUCCCUUCUGAGUAAUUCAUAUAGUGUGCCUUAUUAGUUUCCAGCUGACACAAAAUCUGAAGUAAUGUUUUACUUGUUUAAUGUUAUUGGUAAUUCAUGUGUGUAUGAUGUUAGUUUAUUAUCUUCUGAUAUUUAAAAAAAAUCAGAAGCGUACGUAUGAAUGUGCUAAUCAAUAUUACAUUGGAUUUUCUUAAUCAUUGUUCUAAAAGAAUCAAAUGGUGCAUAGUUUGACUGAAGAAGUAUGAAAUGUUACUUUGUAAGUAUUCUGAUCAUUGUAUCAAAUAUCUUAAUGUGAUUUUUGAAACCUUAUCAGCAAGGAUAAGUACAAGUUGUGAAAUAAAGUUAUUUGCUUCA